AGGAUCGGCCCGGUACGGGGCGACCGCCACCCCUCCCGCCGACCCGACUCCCGGCAGAGGCCUCUGGCCCCAGCCCGAGCCACCCCCCCGGCUUGCGGCCGCCUCCCCCCGUGCGGGAUGAACACAGCCGCGGCCGCCUCGGGGCCCCAUGGAGGAGCAGCCGCCGCCGCCGCCGCCGGUCCGCCCGCCAGCGAGAAUGACCUUGUUGGGCAGCCCACACCCCGGAGCCCCCUCCGCGGCCGGCGCACCUGGAGGGACUUCCUCCGCGGCCACCGCGGCGGCCGUGCUCUCCUUCAGCACCGUGGCGACCGCGGCGGCCGCGGCGCUGGGGAACCAGAGCGACGGGAACGGGGGCGACAGCACUGGCGCCUCGGCUGGCGGCGGCCUCGGCGGGCCCCGGGCGGCGGGGGCGGCGGGGAGGCCGCCGCCGGGCCCCGAGGCGGCGCCGCUGCUGUCGCACGGCGCGGCGGUGGCAGCCCAGGCGCUCGUGCUCCUGCUCAUCUUCCUGCUGUCUAGCCUGGGCAACUGCGCGGUGAUGGGGGUGAUCGUGAAACACCGGCAGCUCCGCACCGUCACCAACGCCUUCAUCCUGUCUCUGUCCCUGUCGGACCUGCUCACGGCGCUGCUCUGUCUGCCCGCCGCCUUCCUGGACCUGUUCACGCCGCCAGGGGGCUCGGUCCCCGCCGCCGCCGCCGCCCCCGUCGCCCCCGCCGCGGGGCCCUGGCGCGGCUUCUGCGCCGCCAGCCGCUUCUUCAGCUCGUGCUUCGGCAUCGUGUCGACGCUCAGCGUGGCCCUCAUCUCGCUGGACCGCUACUGCGCCAUCGUGCGGCCGCCGCGGGAGAAAAUCGGUCGCCGCCGCGCGCUGCAGCUGCUGGCGGGCGCCUGGCUGGCGGCCCUGGGCUUCUCCUUGCCCUGGGAGCUGCUCCGCUCGCCCCGGGAGCCCCCGGCGGCCCAGAGCUUCCACGGCUGCCUGUACCGGACGUCCCCGGACCCCGCGCAGCUGGGCGCGGCUUACAGCGUGGGGCUGGUGGUGGCCUGCUACCUGCUGCCCUUCCUGCUCAUGUGCUUCUGCCACUACCACAUCUGCAAGACGGUGCGCCUGUCCGACGUGCGCGUGCGGCCCCUGACCACGUACGCGCGCGUGCUGCGCUUUUUCAGCGAGGUGCGCACGGCCACCACCGUGCUUAUCAUGAUCGUCUUCGUCAUCUGCUGCUGGGGGCCCUACUGCUUCCUGGUGCUGCUGGCUGCGGCUCGGCAGGCCCAGGCCGCGCAAGCCCCCUCGCUCCUCAAUGUGGUGGCCGUCUGGCUGACCUGGGCCAAUGGGGCCAUCAACCCUGUCAUCUACGCCAUUCGCAACCCGAACAUUUCGAUGCUCCUGGGGCGCAACCGGGAAGAGGGCUACCGGACUAGGAACGUGGACGCUUUCCUGCCCAACCAGGGCCCCGGUCUGCAGGCCAGAAGCCGCAAUCGCCUUCGAAACCGCUACGCCAACCGGCUGGGAGCCUUCAGUAGGAUGUCCUCUUCCAACCCGUCCAGCGGGAUGGGAGGGGACGUGGCCAUGUGGGCUCGAAAAAACCCAGUUGUGCUUUUCUGCAGGGAGGGGCCCCUAGAACCAGUGACAGCAGCGGUCAAACAGCCUAAGUCUGAAGCUGGGGACACCAGCCUCUAAGAAAGGUUGGGAUUCACAGCUUGUAAAGGCAAAUUUUCAGCUGCACCGUUUGAUGAUACGGGAUUCUGGGGAGAAUCGUGUAUUUCAUAAAGCCAAACAUUUAAAAAAGAGACAGAGGGGGAGGCUUACCCCUUCCCCCAAACAACAUACAAGACAAUGUGCCCUUCUUCAAAAGUGCCAUGUGUAAAAUGCAAAAAUUAAAAUAUUAAACCACACAA